GCUAACCAUCCAAUUGACACCCAAACUUCGGCAGCAGCCAAGCUGCAUAGUCGACAUGGCGACCGAUAAAAUAACUCCAGAUUUUCCUAAAGAUAGAUGAACAUCUUCCAAGUGUUUUGGAAUGAAAUUUGUCACGUGAAGUGAUGCGCAUCUAGGAUGUGUGACAACAUUUAAAGAACAUUUUGAGUUCGGAAGAAAGAUCUUGAUUCCAGUGGAAUCUUCCAUAUUUUUUUUCUUUGUUAAAAAAAACAAGACACACCUGUAAACACCCACCCACCCCUUUACACACACACAGUCCGGCGAUGCCUGUGCAAGCCCCACAAUGGACGGAGUUCCUUCUAUGUCCCAUCUGCACGCAGACAUUCGAGGAGACGGUGCGGCGGCCCAUUUCGCUGGGCUGCGGCCACACGGUCUGCAAGAUGUGCCUGAACAAGCUGCACCGCAAGGCCUGCCCCUUCGACCAGACGCCCCUCACCACCGACAUCGAGCAGCUGCCUGUCAACACGGCCCUUCUGCAGCUGGUCGGUGGACAGGUUCCCAAGAUUCAGCCGGUGGCCCUGAUUACCAGCCCGGACGACUUGGUGCACUAUGAGGAGGCCAGGCAGUGUGUGGAGGAGCUGGCCCUCUACCUCAAACCCCUGAGCAACACCAGAGGGGUGGGCCUGAGCAGCACGGCCCAGAGCAUGCUGAGUAGGCCCAUGCAGAGGAAGCUGGUGACCUUGGUGCACUGCCAGCUGGUGGAGGAGGAGGGCCGGGUGCGGGCCAUGAGAGCAGCCCGGUCACUGGGCGAGCGCACCGUCACGGAGCUCAUCCUGCAGCACCAGAACCCACAGCAGUUGUCGUCCAAUCUGUGGGCUGCCGUACGGGCGCGGGGCUGCCAGUUCUUAGGCCCAGCAAUGCAGGAGGAGGCCCUGAAGCUGGUUCUGCUGGCUCUGGAGGACGGCUCGGCCCUGUCCAGGAAGGUCCUGGUGUUGUUCGUGGUCCAGAGGCUGGAGCCACGCUUCCCCCAGGCCUCCAAGACCAGCAUAGGCCACGUGGUGCAGCUUCUCUACCGGGCCUCCUGCUUUAAGGUGACCAAACGUGACGAGGACUCGUCCCUGAUGCAGCUGAAGGAGGAGUUCCGUACCUACGAGGCGCUGCGGCGUGAACACGACUCUCAGAUUGUCCAGAUCGCCAUGGAGGGGGGGCUCCGCAUUGCCCCGGACCAGUGGUCCUCCCUGCUCUACGGGGACCAAUCACACAAGUCCCACAUGCAGUCCAUCAUCGACAAGUUGCAGACGCCGGCGUCGUUCGCCCAGAGUGUCCAGGAACUGACCAUCGCCUUACAGAGGACGGGUGACCCCGCCAACCUCAACCGCCUCAGACCACACCUGGAACUACUCGCCAACAUUGACCCGAGCCCUGAUGCCCCUCCACCCACGUGGGAGCAGCUGGAGAAGGGUCUGGUGGCGGUGAAGACCGUCGUCCACGGCCUGGUGGACUUCAUCCAGAACCACAGCAAGAAAGGAGCCGACCCGCAGCAGCCUCCCCAGCACAGCAAAUACAAGACAUAUAUGUGUCGGGACAUGAAGCAGAAGGGCGGCUGUCCCAGAGGAGCCAGCUGUACCUUCGCCCACUCUCAGGAGGAGCUGGAAAAGUAUCGUAAGAUGAACAAGCGACUGGCAGCUCGUCUCCCCGGCUCAUCUGGUCUGCUGUCAGAUGACGGUCUGCCCCUGGACCUGGGGGUGACCCGGAAACCUUCGCCCCUGACCAACGGCUCGGCUGGACCUGCCAUGCCCCAGCUGAUCGCCCGCGGUACGGACGGCGUGACCUACGACCUGUUGCGCAAACCCAAGAUGGAUGGCGGCAACAACAGCACCCCGGGGUCGCCCCCAGACACUCUGGACUCGGUGCCCAAACAGGGGUACGCCCAGUCCCCCCACGCCAUGUGUCACCCCAGGGGCCCGGGAGACCACAUGUCCAAACAGAUGCCCGGUGGCGUGGUUCCCCGGGGGCCUCAGGCGUACGCCCAGCAGCAGCUCUCUGACAUGUACUACUCUGACCCGCGGCCCCCACCCCCCGGGUCCUCGCAGUACGAACUUCCCCAGUAUUCCCAGGGUUACCCCUACCAGCAGCCCCAACCGUACGUCCCCCAGCGCUACAUCCGAAACCCACCCCCCACCGGCGAACCCACGGGGCCCGCCUACCAGGACCCCUACCCUGGCUACGGCCCCCCCGAGCGCUCCUACCCUUCCCCCCACACGGGCCCCCCCUUCGCCUACCCUCCGCCGCCCCACUACGACACGCGGAGCCGCCACGGCUCCUACCCCGGGCCCCCGCCUCCCCCGCAGCCCUACCCCUCGCGUGGUGACGACAUGGCCCCCGCCCCCACCUACCACCAGGAGCCGGCGGCCAGAGAGCGGUACCCCCAGGAGGGGUACUACCCAGCGGGGGCCCAGCCCCAGCCCAUGAGGUCCUACAGGGAGACGUACGGACGUUCCCCUCAGCCCAGCCUGGACUACCUCCACCGCCGCCGCAAGGAGCUCAUGGCUCAGCUGGAGGAGAGGAAGGUUAUCUCCCCCCCACCCUUCGCCGCCUCCCCCACCCUCCCUCACGCCUUCCCCAGCGACUACCCCCCCGAGUACGGCGAGGACAGUUCCCAAGCCUUCGGGAAGAGCCGGGAGCCGGACUACGCGGGCCAGUACUCUCCCUGGUCCUGUGACACCAUCGGCUCCUACAUUGGGUCCAAGGACGCCAAGCCCAAAGACGUCAUGGCGCCCGGCGCCAUGGAGAUGAUGAAUGUGGAUGGGAAGACUCUGCGGGGGGAGCCCUCCAUGGAAGCCCAGGUCAGGCGGGGGACAGAGGUGAAAGACGACGACCCCAUCAUCCCCUUCGGCCCCCAGCCCACCGUGUCGCGCUUCGGCGCCAUCUCGCGCACCUCCAAGACCGGCUACCAGACAACUGGGCCAGUGCAGGCGAUGGCCUCGGCCCAGGGACCCAACCCCAAACACAUGGCCAUGAGCGGGGAGUACUCCUAUGGAAACCAUGGGACCUGGGGUGGAGCUUCUUACCCCUCCCACCAAACUGGCUCCUCCUCUCAGGGACACUUCAGUGAAAGGCUGCCUAUGCCAGCUCAGGACAGAGAACAGCUGAAGAUCGAGCUCCAACAGGUCAACCAGCAGAUCAACCAACAGACCCAGAUUCACAGUAUAGAGACUGCUAGUAACCCCUUGCUCCUCCAGAGGGAGGCCGGCGCCCUGGCAGCCCAGCCCAGCCAGAGCCAGCAGCAGCAGGGGGGGAAGUGGCCGGGUUCAGCCGUGGGCUCCACCAGCCCCGCCUCCGUGACCAGCGAACAGCUCAGCAUGGAGCUCCACCAGGUGGAGAGGGAGAUCGGCAUGAGGACCAGAGAGAUGGCCAUGGAGAGCCAGGUGGCCCACGAGGUCCAGUAUAAGAUGAAGACCGCGGAGAACGGUCGGCAGGACCACAAGGCUCAGCUGGAGGAGAUUUCUCUGGCCCUUGGGGAGGUAUCCAAUGGGUCCAGUGGUCUGGGGCAAGAUGGGCCUGUGGGCGGGCCGAUGAUGUCUCUGGCCAGCAAGGCGGCUUCGCUCAGCCUCUGUUCUGAGCCGGGGACGGCGGGCUCGGAGCUGCAGAAGAACGGUGUGGUCCAUUCCUGCUCCUAGAACCCUCACACGCAGAAACACACUUUAGGCUAAAGCAUGCACACACACACACACACACACACAGAAGAUGAGCAGUAUCUGCCGUAAUAUUAAUUUUCUUUCUUUUUGUUCUGUGAAUGAGCUUUUUUUUUUUUUUCUUUACAAUUUUCAUCGCCUGGAAACCAGGGCAUUUGAUAACCUUUUAUUUCUAUUUUCUAUGAUUUUUACUGGGACUAUAAAACAAGGCUCUCAGAGUAGAUGGGGCAACCAAAAAGCAAUGAUCAUUUUAGUGAUGAUGAUGAUAAUUGUUCAAAGAACUUUUCCAACAUGGAUAAAAUCAUUUCAAUGGUGGGGUGUUACUCAGUUACCUCCUCCAUAUCUGUUGGCCCAGAACAAGGCAACUAAAUUCCAAACCAAGACUGUUUAAAGGCUGUCAAAUGGAAACGUUCAAUUGCGUGGGCAACAUUUUUGGUCGCAUGCUCUGCAUACCAGUCAUGCCCUUUGCGAACAUAGUUACGUCCACUGUAAUUGGCGUAAUUGAAGUGUGCGUUAUGAUCACUUCAAGUCCCGCAUGCCUGUUGUCACCGAGGCAUUAAUUCAUUAACAUUCGCUGUCGUUACCGUUUCGUUGAAGUUGGAUAAUAUUAUUGCAUUGACCACGGCACGGAGGUGUUGGAACAGCUGGCGUUCAGGAGCACACCACCCUAAGAAUCGUAAUGCUGGACUGACCAGAUGAGGGAGUCCAGGGAGACCACAAAUGCUGUCUCAGCCAGCCAUCAGAACCAGACCCGAUCGGUCCGCUUCAAGUCAUAUGAGAAUACAUGCCACCCUGAGAAGUAUGAUUUUAUUAGUGCAUUUUAUGAAUACAUCACGUGUCUGUUUCAUACUUGAAAAGCAGUAUAUUAUUAAUCACAGCAUUCUGUUUUAAAGAUUGCAAAAAUUGAUCUUUUUGAUAAUGAGCUUUCCUCAUGUUUUCUAUAAGGGAACCUACAAUGUGCUUCUUGUGGGAUGUGAUGUGGCUUGCUGCGUAGUGUCUCGUUUGUUUUCUGAUGGGCUGGAGUUCAGCGGAUCUUGAAUCGCGGAGAAAGCACAUUCCACGGAGUCACGUUAAGAGUUAUACUAAGUGUGGAUUGUCAGAUGAUAGGAAUGACAUUAUCCUGGGUGCGAGAAACUUGGAGUCCAUUUCCAGUGUGAAUUAAAUCACACAUAGUGAUUGGUGUUCUUGUCGCUCGUCUUCCUCAGAGCUCCUCAUCUGGUUAGUCAAAAGGCCUCCCCAUUGGGAUUAUCUUAUCAUUGGUUCUCCUUAACUUCUAUGAAGUUGCGUCCCCUUGUUUUAUUCUUCUCGCAUGUGUGAAUUGCGAUUAAGGGGGUGUGGCUUACCCAAACGCCGGUCUGUAAUUGGAAGGAAAGCAAUAAUGUUGCGUCUGUAUUCUGCCCAAACCUUUCUGUGGUUUGUGUGUCGAAAUCAACGAUGAAAGAGUGACAAUGUGUUUUUUUUUAGAAAUCUUUUUGACGUCUUUUUAAAAAAUCCUCCCAUUUCUUUUGUGUUUUUAACCGCAUGCUGUUUAUGUUAGUACAAGCAAUGAUCCAGGUUGUAGUGGAUGAAAGCCUGGAGUCUUGGCCACAAGCUGCCAGACACUUCAGCCCCUCAAUUACCCUCUAAUCCCAAACCCUCAAUUUGAAGACUUUUAGGGCCAACUUCUCAUUAUAUUGUAUACAAUAUAAUCCGUCUAUGAUUAUCAUCAUCAUCAUUUAUCGUUGUUGUUUUUGCUUUUCCUCUCAUGAAAUUGUUUACUGCUGAUCGCGGAGGAGUUCCCCCGCGUUUCGUCAUAAGCAGUUGUCCGGAUUGGCCACUGAAAAGAGCGGCGAUGAAAUGCAAAGAGGUGGAUCCUGGUUGUCGAACGGUUAAGGAUACAAGUGACGGGUGUGGGGUUGUGGGGGGGGGCAUAAUUUGGAUCUGGGUUUAAGGUGGGUAGUGAAUGAUAACUGUUAAGCAUGGAUGCAUCUCUUAGGGUUUUUUGUUUUGUUUUGUUUUCCAACCACACUUCAUGCCUCACGCUGCUCGUUGCUACAUUUUAUUGUUUAGGUACACAACUCACCUAUACAUAUGAGUAUGUAUACAUACAUUAAAUACUAAGCACUAUUAACGUGCCACUUCUUAUUCUACUCGCUCAGCAUUUAUAUUAAAUGAUCUCUAUUUAGAAUCAGCAAAAUGUUUUUUUUUUUUUCUUCUCCCCUGUCCUCUGGUUGCCAACACAGACUUUAUCCUUUCCCAGUUGAAGGACUUCUGUGGGCAUUGACGUGUGUUCACUUAAUCUUUUUGUGUUCAAACAAAGAUACGUUCUCUAUUGAAAUAUGCUUCCAAAAGAAGACACAUUUAUUGAUGAAAAUUUGCAACAACAACAACUUAAAAUGUUUGUGUGUGCUAGGUUGUAUUGUAGAAAAUUUACACUGACUUUUCAAAAUGAAGUGUGCUGUACUGGGUGACUGUGUGCAAAUAUUAGAAAUGUGGUGGGAUUUUCUCCUUCGAAGAGGUUAGCCGAGUAAGCCUUUAAUUUAGUCAAAGGCUUGCUUAAUAUUUUCCAAAAAUACUCCUUGGCCAUCACAUCAUAAUGAGAUGAUUUAGAAGCUGCCAAACUAAAUGAAAAGCCAACUGAAUUGGCACACUUGUUGCUUCUUUUCAACUGUCAUUGAGUAACCAAAUUGCUAAUCACUUGACACAGGCAGCGAAGUGUUUCCGUCACAUUUCGAACAAAACCUGUGUUUUUUGCCGGGAAAUUGUCAUUGACCUGUUGGGUUUUGUAGUUUUUGGGGUUUUGUUUGUUUGUGUCGUUGUGGAGUGAAAAAUCACUGACUUCCAAGUCUUACUGUGAUCUAGUUAAAUGCCUCACAAGGCAAAGCAUCAUGUGGUCCAUCCGCAGGGAAACUACUAUCAUACACACAGGUUGUGUAAUUGUUUCAGAGGUCAUGACCUGUGUCGUCAGUUCUGCUGUGAGCCUUAAAGAGUUUCCAUCCAAAAUGUUUCCCAUGUUUUCAGAUCACAAAAGUGUGCAAACAGUGACUGGACACACCAUCUGUGGUGCAGAUCCAACUAUAAGCCUUGAUUCAAAAAAUUUGGAAAAGAUGGGCACGGUUGGAUUUCCUGAACUUCACUGAGCACAUGUCAUCUUUGGUUCAGGCAUGUUUUAGAAUAUACACAGUCGAUACCACCGGCUUAUGCUUGAAUCCACAUGAACCCACUUGAGGUCUGAAAUGUGCAUUCAGCUUGUUUUGGAAGGAACUUGUUCCUAGUAGUCCACCAAUGACAACUAACAGAAGUGGUUUCUGUGGGAAAAGCAACAACGUUAAUAUCAGUCUCCUGCUUUCAUUUGUUUCCAAGUGAAACUGCUGCCCACCCCUGAAUUCACACAACCAAGAACCACAGCACUCUGUUACGGCUGUUUUGUGACUCGCAUUUUAAUUCUAAACUCCUGGGGAAAACUCAAUGGCUUUCUUUUAUAUGAUUACUCCCUUGUAAGAUAUCUCUUAAAUUAAGGUACAGGUUUGGUUUCAGCAAGAAAAAACGUUUUUAUAUGUAUAUUAUACUCCAUUAAGGAAUGUUUAGAAUUAUCUUCCUCCAAUGUGGAUGUAGCCAUUAUUACGCCAUUUUAUGACUUUGUAAGAGAAUUCACUGUGUGAAAAUUGGUUUGCAUUUUUGUAUAAUACAAUCUGCUUUUUUGUUUGAUACGAGAGGGAGGUCAAACUGGAAGUUUGAAGGGAGAAAAAUUUACCUGUGAAAUUAAGAAAAGGAAAAAAAUUAACUUAUGUACAACAGUGAUUCUAUGCUGAUGGGGAUGGAUUAAAUGAUAUUGCUAACUGA